AUGUCCGAUCCCAGCUUCAAUCGCCGUUUUAUUUCUCAUCACCGGAGUAGGUAUCGACCAACAGCUCUGUUAGUUCCCGCACACGACCCCUUGUCCAUCCUCAGCUUUCUCCCCGUGCCUGAUGAAGCUCGACCGCGUUUCAGGGCCUUCGAUUGCUUCAAGGACUUGCUUUUAUGCGGGUUUUCGAACUAUUAUCUUGGCGAAUUGGGCAGAUCCUACUUGGUCUGCAAUCCGUUUACAAAGCAAUGGGUCGCCCUUCCUUUGGCCCCUAGAAAUCCAGAAAACGGGUAUGAUCGAUCUGCGGUAGUGUUAGCUUGUCAACCCCGUUGUACUAAUAGCAGCAGUAGUAAUAAUUAUAAUCUUGUGCAUCAGCUAGGAGAAGAACCAGAACUAGAACCUGCAGCAGCCUUUAUUUAUUCUGAGUGUCGUUUGCGAUUGUUGCGUCUUUUAUCAAGUGGUCUGGAUGUGGUACUGGACGUGUUUUGCUCCGAGUCCGGGGAAUGGAAGCGGUUGUUUAUUAAGAACUCCAUACAGAGGCCAUGGAGCAAUGUAGUCUGGUGGAACGGGCUCUUGUUUUGGAUGCACCUUAAUCCCAAAUCCUUGCACUCGGAGCUUGCUGAGUAUAAUCCUUUCCGCCUUGAUCUACGCUCCAAUGCUAUUCCCGUACCUUCUGCAUUGUGGAACCCGUUGUGCAAUGGAAGUGGGAAUCUUUCGGUCUCGCAGGGUGGUUUGCACAUAGUUCUGUUGGAAGUCGAAGGUGUGCGUUACGGUUUGAGGAAUGCCUUCAGCGUUUGGAGACUGGAAAAAAAUGAUGAUGACUAUUAUUGGUGGAGCAAACAGCAUGAAUUGGUGUUGAAUAGGACAUCAUUGCUAUGGGGUCGGUAUGAACUUGAGAACUGCUUUGUGCUUGAUCUGCAUCCGGAGAGAUCGGAAAUUGUCUUCUUGAGAUACUUGGAGGAUCGUGUUUUCUCCUUCAAUGUGAGGACGGGUAUGGGAAUCCCUGAGCUCUUCUCUGGAAUAAGUCUGAUAAGCUAUGACCCCACUUGGAGGGCGUUGCAACCGAGAGUCUCUUGCUGGCCUACUCCUAUUCCAAGGUACGAUGACCUGCAAUGUACGUACGAUGGAAGCUACGAUUGUUGGGUUCGGAGCAAAAACACUACGACAACUCUUCCCUCGACAAUUGGUAAUUCUGUCUUUUUUCCCCCUAGCCUCUCUUCUCUGCCGUUGCAUAUGUGCUUACCAACCUACCUAUUAAGCAGCAGAUGCAUACAUACAUUCAUUCAUCUCAUGUGUUGCCAAGUUGCCAUGCAUGUUAUGAUGACACUGAGAUAG